AAGGGGACGACAGAAGAUGAGAUGGAUGGAUGGCAUCACCGACUCGAUGGAUGGAUUCUUCAGCUGGACCAAGUCAUCCAGGUGCUGCUGACCACGGGCAUGUUUGUUGGUGGAUUUCUGGGAUUCCUGUUGGACAACACCAUCCCUGGAAGUCUGGAGGAGAGAGGCCUUCUGGCAUGGAAUCAAGUCCAGGAGGAGUCUGAGGAGACUACGAAGGCCUUGGAGGUCUACGGCCUCCCCUGGGGGAUCGGCACCAGGUUCUGCACGUCCUCCUGUGCCCAGUACCUCCCCUUCUGGCCCAGGGAAGGCGAGGUGGGAGUGCGCGACCUCUCGCUCUGCCCCUGGGACUCAGAAGAGGGGCCCCGGAGGGCCACAGACACCUGGAUGUGAGAAGGCUCCUUCUGCACCGCCCCCACCCAGUGUGCUCCUCGCCCCACCCACCAUGGGAGGUACCCUGUCGACCUGAGCGUCUCUGCAUCCCACACGUGGUGGCAGAGUUAGAUAAGUGUUAGAUAAAGGCCAGGGCAAGCCUGCUGUGACCCCCAUCAGCGAGUCAGCGAGAUCUAGCCUCAAGCUACAUCCUUACACCAUGUCAGCCCUCCCGUCUUCAGGGUAAACCAGGCAAACCAGGGCAGCCUGGUGUCCACACAGAAAGCCUCUAGGCAGUAUUUUGAUGCAUUGGGAGGCAGAGGCUUUGGGUGGGGUAGGGAACAGAGAUGGGGCUGUUAGCUGAAAGGUGACAGUAACAUUUCUCUUCCUCCGCAAAGAAGUAUGAGGCCUGCUGACCCCUCCCAUGCAGGUUCCUCCCAUCCAGAUUCCUCCCAAUCAGGCCCCUCCCCUCCAGGCCCCUGCCACUGGCAAACGCUGAGCUUGUGCUAAGUCAUUUCCGUCGUGUCCGAGUCUAUGCAACCCUAUGGACUGCAGCCCGCCAGGCUCCUCUGUCCAUGGGACUCUCCAGGCAAGAAUACUGGGGUGGGUUGCCAUUUCCUCCCCCAGGGGAUCUUUGCCCCCAGGGAUGGAACCCGCCUCUCUUACCUCCCCUGCUUCGGCAGGCAGGUUCUUUUCCACUAGUGCCACCUGGGAAGCCCCUGUAAACACUGAAGGGUCUGCAAAGCUACAGUCCCCGCAUAUGCCCAGUGCUAGUCCUUGGAGUCAGAUUGUGCAUCACAGGAUGGUAUGCUGAGGCAGUGAGCACUGGGGGUGUGGGUCAGACGGCACCAGGUUUGGACCCUAAGACUUAACCUGCACUUCAGGUUCUCACAGGGACGUGAAACAGCCCAAGCCUUGGAAAGGCCUUCAGUGGAGGGGAGCCGCUGUUGCCAUGAUUUAUAAACUGUUCAGAGCAGGUGAGCCUGCUCUCUCUGCAUCCUCAGUGGAUUAGUCAGGAUUCUCUAGAGAGACAGAGCCAAUAGGGGGUGUGUACAUACAUAUAUCUAUGUAUAUACAUAUAUGUCUACAGAGAGAUAUAUAUACAUACAUACACACACACACACACACACACACAUAUAUAUAUAUACACACACACACAUAUGGGGAAGGCAGAUGGAGAGAUUGACUUCAGGAUUGGGUUCAGGUGAUUGUGGAGGCUGGCAAGUCUGAAGUCUGCAGGGCAGGCCAUGCAGGCUGGGAUGAAUUGCAGCUGGAAUCUGAAGGCAGUCACUGGAAGAAUUCCCUCUUCCUGAGGGAGGUUAGGGCUUCUCUGAUAGCUCAGUUGGGAAAGAAUCUGCCUGCAAUGCAGGAGACCCUGGUUCGAUUCCUGGGUUGGGAAGCUCUGCUGGAGAAGGGAUAGACUACCCACUCCAGUAUUCUUGGACUUCCUCUGUGGCUCAGCUGGUAAAGAAUCUGCCUGCAAUAUGGGAGAUCUGGGUUCGAUCCCUGGGUUGGGAUGAUCCAAGGUGAACGGCUCCAGAACUCUGGCCUGGAGAAUUCAGGGCCAAGGGGUCGCAAGUGUGGUCUGUUUGGUCCUUCAACUUAUUCAAUGAGGCCCACCCACACUAUGGAGGGUAAUCUGCUUUACUCAAAGUCUGCUGAUUUAAAUGUUAAUCUCUUCUAAACACACACACACACACACACCUAAAACCUUCAUAAAAUAUCUAUAAAAAUGUGUGACCAAGUACCUGGGUACCAUGACCUUGCCAAGCUGACAUGUAAUAAUAACCAUCACUCCCAGUACACAGGCCCAAGUGCACUGAUGCAUUCUGCCCAGCAGCCUCAGCAAAAAGCAUUGAGAGCACUGUGGGACCUGACAUGGACUCCAUUCAGGAGUCUUUAUUGUCAGAAGAAGCAGAUAAGACUGAUUCUGCCUUUGUGUCCUGGAGCACAAGACUGAGGUCAGCAUUGCUCCUGGGCUUUUAGAGCUUGCGGGAUGUGGGGUGGACGCCAGAGCUUCUAGAACCCAUCAGCACAGUGCCCGGAAGCAGGUGUGCUGCAAGUGCCCAGUGUCAUGGGACACAUCCUGGCCGUCCUGUUCUUGACAGACUCACGGCCUGGUCCUCGGGUGCAUCUGGUACCCCGUGAAGAGGAGCACAGCGGGAGCAUGUGUGUGUCCUGCAGCAGGCCAGCGCCUCAUUCAAAACAACCCCGAAAGACCGACACACAACCACACUAUUCUUAAAUACUUUAUAACAACCAGAAACUACAACCAUCAAAAUGCUUUCAGGGCAGCCCACUCCAAAACGCCAAGGCAGGGGCAACUUGGGCUGCCAGAACUCAAAGCCGGAGACCACCAGCCUCCUCCAUCCCCUCCUGCUUCCAGCCCUCCCGUAUCACAGAUCUUCAUCGUCAAACGUCUCCGGGCACCUCAACAUUAUCAUCUCAUCGUCGACGGGAAGGUCCGGUUCCUGCAAAACACCGGGAGAAGAGGAUUCAAGUUUUAUCUGAGGGCUCCAGGCCUCAGGCGGGGGAGAUGGCCCCACCAUCUCAGGCAUGCCUCCUCCCUCUGCUUCUCCCCCACAUCUCUUCAGCAGUAUCUUCUCCUCCAGCUUCCAGCCAGGAAGUUACAAGCAAUGAGGGGCAGGGAGUCCAUUUCCAUUUCACUCGACUCCGUACUCUACCGUCUCCAGAAGGCUUCUCCUGGAUACAGUAGAACUGGCUUCUCUCCUCUCCUGGGGAUUUCUAAGAACCCGUGAGCGAGACAGGGGCAAUCUUAAAGCUUUAUCCAAAUGCCCUCAACAGAGGAUGAUGAAUUUUACCUUGAUGCACCCACCCAUGGAAUACUCUGCAGCUGCUUCCAAUAAAAGGAAUGGGCUUCU